AUGAGUUUAUGGGACAGAGAAGAUAAUUAAAAUAAUUUUAAAUAAAUAGAUUAGAAUUAUGAAGUUGAUCAAUACUCUUUUAAUCAAAAUGAUAAUAUUCCCAAUUAUAGAACAUAUAUUUCAUAUGAAAAAGAAAACAAUACUAUUUAAAGAUUUUAAACUCUAAUGCUUAAAGAAACCAAUACCAAAAAUAUUCCAAAAACAUUUGGGAACAAUUUUAAAAAGUUUAUGGACAAUAUAUUAAUGAAUUAGGUCUAACAAAAUGGUACUCCAAUACCUUAAAAUAUGGAAAUGUUUUUAAAUAAAAAAAAUAAAGGGCAGUAAUCAACUUACAACCUUAAAGAUUUUAAAGCUUUAUUUAAUAAUGAAGCAUGUAGUAAAUGGUUUUAAUUUUACAUAUAACAUUGUGCCUUUUUAGAUUUGAUAUAAUCUAAUAGAAUUGAAAAUAUUGAAGAAUACAUUUUGUUUAUAGAAUAAUAUUUGACAGGUGCUUAAAAUCCAGAAUAUUUUAUAAAAAAUAGAUAAUAAAAAAAAAAAGAAGCAGCCAAAUAGUAGAAAAUUUAGAAGAAAUUAGAUGAAAUGCAAUUAGAUAAUGAUUCCAAUAUUCAGUUUAUAGGUUAUCAUGAAGAUUAAUCUUCUGA